CGUCGCCGCACGUAGCCCGCGGCCGCAGAGCGCACAACAAGAUGACGGCAACGAGCGUGCGUCGGCGGCGGCCUCCGGGCGAGCCUUGUUCGGGUUUCUGGACCAGUCGGGCCAGCUAGGAACUGAGAGCGCGUUCGCCCCGCUGUCGGCUGGGGUGGCUCGCAAGCCCCGUCUCGCCGAGCAGCGAUGCGUCCGGAAGUAGAAGAGAGCGGCGGCCCCUUCUUCCGCUACUGGAUUACCGUCUGCUGCUGCUUCUCGCUGGUCGUCGUCUGCGUCGCCGAUCCUGGCCCGCACGCAGACCCGGGACGCGGAGGAGGGUGCGAGUUCCCUCAGCGCUGGCGGGGCGUCUGGUUCCAGAAGGGCGCCCACCCGGCCAUCAGCAUAGAGCGCACGCAGAUCACAUUCAAGGGAACCUGCGUCCAAGCAGACGGAGACAUGUUCCUCAUAGAAGACAGGAGGGAGCGAUGUUUUCGUUGCGUUGCCAUUUACGAGAAGCACGAGAAUGUUCUUCAGUACCGGGAGACCUACUGUGACGAGUUCGACAACCUGAAAGAAGCCUGUCACCUGCUGAACGUCGAUGCCCACCUGCAUUCGUUAUUCAGGGUGGAGGCAUCUCCGGUGGCGUGCCCGUUCCGGGGCCCGCUGACAUUCACGUACAACCGCGGCCACGGCGAGUGCCGGCACCCAGUAUCCACGGUGGACUCCUGCUCCGCCGACUGGCGCAUACUCUUCAGAUUCCAGGCCUGCGCCGACGUCCAGGGCACCGAGAGCAGCGUGGAAGAGCUGACAUGCCUGGCGACUUGGAAGGAAGGCUCGGCCUACUACCUCGUCGGCAAGAUGGUCCAGAGGAAACUGCACGCGCUGCCUUACUCGGACGGGGACAGCUACCGCUGCUUUGUGUACGAGCACGUGGGCCACCAGAACACGUUCCGGGUGUCGCAGUCGCCGGACGCCACCUGCGACGGCCUUGUGUCCGCCUCCGAGGGCUCGCGCAUCAUGACACUCACCAAGAGCCGGCAGCCGAGCGCGGGCUGCCACUUCCCGCCGUGGAGCGCGUCGGGUUCCCGCCGCUGGCACAGCCUGGACGGCCGGCGCAGCUUCGUGUUCGGCUCGCGGCAGAUGCGCGUCCACCGGGCCCAGCACUCGUCGGGGGAGACGCAGCAGCCCGAGCUGCGCGUCACCUGCAUCCAGGAGCUGGCGCAGGGCACCAACGCCAGCACCCUCGUCGGGUACAGCACCUCCGGCUGCAACAAUGGCUACGUUUGUGUGGCUAUUCACCGGAGAGACUCGCAUGUAUUGGAAAUACAAAUGGGUGAGCUGAGCCGGACAGCGCGGGACGCCUGCGCGCCACCAGCGUUCGACCCAGAGUCACAGGAUUUCAUCACAUUGCUGGCGUUGUCGGCACCGUUCGGGGGCGACGGUUCUGCGUUGUCGCACCCGUGCCCGGCGCUGGCGCUCACCGACGGCCUGCGCGCCACGGGUCGGGCCUCGUGGAAGCCCGACGGGUGCCGGGACGUGCUGGGCUGUCGGCGCCACAGCCACCUCGAGUUCCGGGCCGCGGGAUGCGGCGGUGAGGAGCAGGUCUCGCCGGCUGCAGCCACGUCACCGGCGGCCGCCACUCCCCGGGCGCUGGUCGCCAGCCGGACGUUCCAGUGCCACGGUGGUUGGCAGGAGAACGGCCGGAACUACCUCAUCACGGGUCUUAAGGGCUCAAAGGAUAAAUUCUGCUUCGUGUUCUCUGAGGCGGACAAGGUGACCCAGCUGUCCGGCCUGCACGAUACCUGCCGUCGCACGGUGUUGCCUGGCGUCACGGGGAACAUCACUUUCAACAUCAGCGCCGCAGGUGACUGCGACUUCCAACCUAGCGGAGCGCCGUGCCCGUCGGCCGGCGCGGUGUCGUCCAUCCCGCUGCUCGCGGCGUUGCUCUGCCUGUGGAGAUGGAUGCAGCCGCGGUGACGGUCUCGAGCGAGAGACCGAUCCGCUGCCGCCGUGCCUGCACCCCGACCAGCCCCGCCCGCCGGAAGAUUGCGCCCGGAGGACGACCACCACCUACCGACAAGACGACGUCCCAGAGAGCAUGACGUCACAACCCCUCAGUGUUUGUGUGUGUCUGUGCGAGCGCUAGGUGACCACUGAACAGUCCACAGUGUUCCGCGGCUGGGCUGCGCUCCGCUCUUGGCGUGACGGAGCAAACGUGCUGCAAGAACGACGUUCGCGCGUGCCCUGGAGUGUUCUCGCGUUCCCAAGGAUCGCCGGAAGACCCUGCGAGUCACCACCCCUGUUGCAGACACCGUGUCGCACCGAAGCUUCGCACCAAGCCUGUCGACCAUCAGCUCUCCGCGACGCGCUGGCUCGCAGGGCCAGCUGGCGGCAGCGCCAACAGUCGUUGUAGGGUGACUCGUAGUUGUGCUGUGGUUGACUUGCGUUUGACUUGUGGGAGACCUUUGGGCUGACCUUUCGGUGAUGUGCGUGUCACUGCGACGAGCUAAGGCCCCUGCUCCGACCAGCGUGACGAGGUGACAUCUCGGCACGUCUUGAGGGGAGAGCAGAUUAGCUGUAUUUGUUUCGAUCGCUGUUUCGCGGCAAGAUGCAACCAGCACGCAAAAAAAAGGGGAGCUUUUUUUUGGCAUAGUGAUGACCAUCAAACUUGCUCCCAAAACGUGGUUGCAGACACGCCAGCGUGCAGAUAGAACCAAAGCGCAGCCCCAGAUACAAGCGCGCAGGUAAGAUAGCGCCCAAACUUAAAAUUAGUGUUUCCUUUUCUUUAUAUGUGAAAUCUGCACAUUGCAACCAGCUUCCGCAGCUGCAAUUGCGUCCAAAACGUGUGGUCUGUAAGGAAACUUUCGAGAAAAAUGUUACCAUACGCGAUCGCUACGUUGUCGAUAUUUGUAAUAUACGAACAAUCAAAUAAGGGCCUCAAGAAUGCAAUACGAUCGAAUCGUUUCUUUUUAUUGCUCCACGUACGUAAAAGAUAAAUAAGCGCACAUAUUUUUGAGAGACAUUGCGGACGCAAUCCUUAUUUCAUACGAGAUACGCUGUGGCGUUAUAUCCGCUUAGAAUAGGCUCUAACCGCUAAUUUUCUGUUAUUACGGCAGAUACCAAAAGUCCAUUGUAUCAGCUCGUAAAACAAACGUUGGCGCCAAGUAGUUUCAUUCACGACGCAUUCUGGCCAGAAUUAAGUUUUGAAAAACUUGGCUAAAGUGCCGCGCGAGUUUUUAUAUCGAUUUUGCUUUUAAAACGUCGCGUAGUUAUCCAAGCUGCAUAAUCAAUAUAACUUUUUUUUUGUUCUGACGCGAAGGAGCGCUCCGCCGACACCGCAGAGUGCAAGCAGGCGAAAUAAACACCGUAAGAGGAACCCACAUUUCAUGAGCUCGAGCUUAAGUCGCCAAUACAAGGCGAUCGAUGGACAGUUUCUUCGAACCUGACGAAGCGAACGGAAAGAAGUGGUGAUCACGAUAAUUAGCGGUACGGCGGCAGAGCAUCGAUUCUCCUGUCGGCAGCUACAUACCGUAUGCAGCGUGUUAAUGACGGCACGGGGAAAUUCCUCAGUUUUUAACCGAUCUGAAUUACGACUUUCAGAAUGCACAGUCUGGUAACGCUACCUGUAGACAGAGAGCGAAAAAAAAAUAACAUUCACCAGUAGACGAUGUCCUAAGAGAUGCGCACUGUCCGUAUCCAUCGCCGUUAAGGCUGUAACACUGAGCACGGUGCAACCAAAUAGACACGUUCUGUCGAGAUUUAAAAUUUAAUAAAAUAGCUAAGACAUCAGGGAAAAUAAGAAAAAACAGCUCGGUGGCACAACCCACCACCCCGCAUCAAAGGGGACGCUCACAGCAUCCCUCUAUCCAUCCGCAGCUACGCAUAAGUUUUGAUGUUGCGGAUGUUGGAAAAGACUUGCGAACGGAAAUUUGCGUCUCCGUCAGUUCUUGCGCUGCUAUACGGCGGCUCAGUCGCCGUUCUUCUAGCUUUCGUGACGACCACGAAGCAGGCGAGAUCGAUGCUCUUCGCGGAGCUUUUUAAGCCUUUAUGUUCUGGUCGCCUUGCUCGGGCUUUGUAUUCCUUUGCUUUGCUGAGCCAUCUGCGGGUUCGGCUAUAAGCCAGAACUCCGUUAUAGGGAACCGACGUUCUUACGGGGCGUCAUCUGUUACCCCUUCUGCGUAACGAUAACUAUGUGCGAAACAAUGAGGUUAUGUGAGACCACACAACAGUGGGCGCAGUACCAUAUGGAACCGUCUAGAGCCGAGGCAAUUACCGACAAACCUCUGGCGCACGAAUAUUGUCCGCGCAGAACCUGGCGAGUACAUUUGGAUUAUUUAGCAUAGUACCUCAUCACAUGGUUUUCCAGAUCUUCAGCGGGCCCGGGGUUUCCCGCAUGCCGCUAAUCCGGAGGCCAUGCUCAGAACGGGCUGCCUCACGCCGCUGGCAACCAGAUAGCGCAAUGUUUUUUGCACUAAAUUAUGGUAGCAGUGAUCUCUCGCAGUUGUGCAUAGUUUGCUAUCGCUGCCCUGAGCGAAGCGUCGCCCCAAAGACCCAGUAACUGUUGGCGCGACCGUCGCCGUCCUCGGCCAAGCGCUGCCCGCCAUGUGAUCUGAUUGCUCUAUGCACGAAUCCCCUCCGAGACGUCGCCGACGCUUUGAUCGAGAAACUGCUUUCAAUGUGUUUCUACGACCGGCGUCCUUUGAACAUUCCAACCUAUUGUCCACUGUGCGAACAAUACGCAAAUUAGAGCCGCAGUGCUACAUUCAUCGCUGAUUGGAAUUCCGGUCUCAGGCUUUUCCGCUGACUGAGUUUUGUAGUUCGCGAACUUUGCAUCUUAUAAAGUCGUAAUUGUCCCUGAGCAGCCCAAGAACAUUUCUUCAAAACAAGCUGAUUGCGUUGAAGAACAUUGAGAUACGAAUGUCAUCAGUGAAGGCAUUGUACUAUUAAUUGCGACAGGAAAGCGGGCUAGCCAACUUUAAAGGAAGCAGAAAAAUGUAUAUGGCGGGCUCAUUAUAGUCAACGGUCUGCUGCUUUAUUUUGUGUCCUCCACAGAAAGGAAUGUCGUCGCGAUGCGAGAAAUAAGAAUAAUAAACUGCCGUUGUGAAUUACGAGGGCACUUGCAAAAGAAGAAUCGCAAGGGUAAAAUGCGAAGGCCAAUUUAUUGCCACUGUUCUAUUCUAGUCCGCAUACCGCACGAAGCUUUCUAGUCCAAGGACACGUGGGGCUAUUUAGAUGCUGCGAGCUGUCAAUAUUUAGUCAUUUUGAAAUGUUUUGUUUUAUAUUGUGUAAUAAAGAGAUAUAGUUGGUUAUA